UCAAAUGCUGAAAUUAAAAGAAAAUAAAAGUUUUUAUGGAUUUUGGGAGAAUUUCAAGGCUUUAAGCGAAGUUUGUACGUUACAACAAGGUACAGCGUUGCUUUCGUCGGUUUUAAUUCCAUAUUAUGGCACGAAAAAUAUGUGUAUCUGCAAAGGAGAACCAGAAAUUAGCGAUAAAGCGUUGAUACAAGCUGCUAUUAAUCGUUUCACAUUACAAGAUGGAGCAACGAUCGUCGUUAAACGCAAAGAACAACUCGAUCCAGACACGUUUCGGAACGUGGAUUUGUUUAUAUUCGUCUUGGCUUUAAUCUGUAUGUCCAUCUCGACUGUAAUCUACAUGCUACUUGUAACAAUCGAUCCGUUGUUCGUCGUUUUCGAACUCUUAAUCGCGCUGGAAUUGUCAAACGAACUUCUCAUAUUCGGCUCGACGGUGUCGUAUGUCAAACUACUGAACGAAUAAAACCUUUUUACGACUUUUUUAAUCCAAUUAAAGUUGCAAUGUGCAAAAUCAGUUGAACCACAGCCGCUGACACGAUUCGUUGUGAAAUACUGGAAAUUGCGAUUUUUAUCUGCAAAUUUUUUACCGGUGUGUGCCUUAUCUUGUUCAAAUACCAAAGUAGCUGACGAUAAAAAUAAUUUUUUUUAUUAGCAAACAGUCUGUGACUGUCAGUGACUGAUAAAAAUAUUUUUUUUAAUAAAUAAAAAAAAAAUAAUAAAAUUAAUUAGAGGAUGAGUUAUCCUUACCUUGAUCCACAUUUAACGGAAAAUACGCCACUUAUUCGAGGAAAUCUCAUUCCCAGACCCGAGGGCGUUUUUGAUGAAUCAACGCGAAAACCCACCGAUCGAUUUUGGUUGAUUCCCUUCGUUGUUGCGGUAAUUGCCUUCUUUGUCGUCACCGGACUUGCUGGAUCCUCGGGAAGUCUCAAAGGUCUCGCAAAUAAUCGUCGAAAUUUGACUGAUGGACCGACUUGUGGCUUCGAUAGCAAUGUACUCGAUUUGCCGUAUGUGCUUUACGUUGAUGAGCGUGACUGCGCGAGGAAAAAUCGCUCGUUGUCUGAGUGCAAAGAACCAUGGAUUUGUGUAAAAGAAUGCCCCAAAGGACUAUUUGACGUUACCUCAUGCACAUCGUCAAAUUUCCCCGUUUUGAAGGAAAACAUGCUCUGCCAAUCGGAAUCUGUUAAAAAGAGCGUCAUCAAUUGCGAUACAAUGUCAAAGGCAGUUCAGCUAAACAAAUGUGCCGCUUACUUCAACGGAACUGAGGAACUUUUCGACUAUUGUCACUCGUUGGGAGUCAAAGAAGUGCCCGCAGGCGACGAAAGUUCAAUGGAAUUCGAAGUCGAACUCGGAAGUUUGUUCAAACGCGUCGCUCCAAGUUUCUUACUCGCCAUUCUCGUUGCCAUUGUCGUGAGUUUCUUCUUCAUCAUCACCCUGAAAUGGUCCGCAGCCUUCGUUUUUUGGGGAUUUGCGUCGCUUGUGUUGGCUCUCAUUGCCGUCAUGAUCAUUUCCUUUGGCGUCGUGCUCGGAUCUGCCGCUCAACACGCAAAAACUCAACAAGAAGCUGACGAAGUGAAGAAAGGACUUUACAUGUAUUGCGCUAUUUUUGGCCUAAUGUUCCUCGCUUUUGUCGCUUUGCUCUAUUUCUUCCGCAAAAAGAUUCGUUGCGGUAUUGAAAUCGUGAAAGAGUCAAGCAGAGCUGUUACUUGUUCGUACGCCAGUGUAUUUUUCCCGCUUUUGCCGUUCCUCAUCAGAGCUGUUAUUGGAUUGACUCUCAUUUUUGGCGUCAUUAUGCUUGCGAUGACACGUUCGAACGUUUAUUCCGUCAGUGGAUCUCUUUCGAGCUCGGAUUGUGUAUGCAACGCAACUUAUAACGUCGGAGGAUCGUGCUUGCCGGAGAAAUUCAACAAAGAUUGUCAUUCGUCAACGGGAGAAAUUUGCGAAGUUGCGGUUUGCCAAUUGGAUGAACAAGCUGUUCCAGCAACUAAUGGACCUUUUAUUAUAAUUCUCCUUUUCUGCGGUAUGUGGAUCGUCUCAUUUGUUCAAGCAAACACAAAAAUGGUCUUGGCUCAUGUCUACGGUAACUGGUAUUGGAAUUGGAAUCAAGAAUUCAUCCCAAGUGGCGCUGUUUGUACUGCCAUGGGCAAAAUCUUCGGCAACCACAUGGGCACAGCAGCUCUUGGAUCUCUCAUCAUCACUCUUUGCCGCCUCUUGAAAAGCCUUCUUGAACGUCGUGAUCGCAACCGCGGCGAAGGAAUGGCUGCCAUGAUCAUGUACAUCAUCGGCGAAUGCGUUCGUUUCUGCGCUCAAGCUCUUCUCACGCUCAUCGAAUUUGUCUCCGCCAAGGCGUUUGUCGUGUGUGCCAUCAUGGGAACGACUUUCUGGGGCUCCGUCAAAGGCGUUUCGCAAGUUAUGCUGAAGGACAUCCCGCUUGUCGUUGCUACGGAAUACGUUGGCGACAUAAUUCUCUUCGUUUGCAAAUUUGUCGCUGCUUUGGCUUCUGCUGGAUUAUUUUACGCUCUCGCUCCCUUCACGGAUGACGAACAUUUUAUUAUCGUUAUUUUUGCCAUUAUUAUCUUCAUUUUCGCCUAUGACCUCGCAAGUGUCUUGUUGACGGCCUAUGAUGUCGCCAUUGACACUAUUUUGGUGUGCGGCUUGCAAGAUUACUUGCAUAAUAAGGCGGAAAAAGCUUACUUCCAGUCCGAAACUCUCAAUGAGUUGCUGCUGCAAAAGAAUACCGCUUAAAAUGCGCACAAAAUUCGUCUUCAUGUCACUAAUUUAACAUUUACUUUUUUAAAUGUAGCUUGUAUUGUAAGUGUCCUUAGCUCGUAAAAACACUAAAUGUAAGAUGGAAUCUCAGCAGGUUUCUAUCAACUGAUAUUUUUACUUAAAAUAACUGAAGAAUUUUUUAAAGUUGGAGUUUUCUCGAAAGAAAAGAAAUAUUUGAUAAGAAAAACAUCACAAUUUAAUCAGGAAAUCAAUAAAAA